CUUUCAGCACCAUCAACACCGCUCGGGGGAAGAGAAGCUAUCUGGAGGAUUGAUUCUGAUCUCAAGUGGCUCCUCAGAAGCAGGAUAAGAUGAAAGGCAUUGACUCUGUUGUGGUAGUGCUGCUUUUGAUGCUUGCACAGAAUAGUUCCCAAAAACCAAUACAGGACUCAGAAGAAACAUCCAGUACAUUGGACACUUCAGAGAACUCUCUGGAUAAAUCCAAUUCACUACAGAAUGUGAAACGGCAUUCCGAAGGCAUGAUUGCCAGUGACCUCAGUAUACAUAUGGACAAGUUGCGUGCCAAAGAAUUUGUAGACUGGCUUCUGAACAACGAGCAAAAUGGUGACAUACAAAAGAGACACGCAGAAGGAACUUAUACAAGUGAUGUUGAUUCCAUCUCCGACUACUUCAAGGCAAAGCGCUUUGUAGAUUCACUGGCAGGCUACGGCAAGCACCAAAAUGGCAGGGGCAUUUCUAAGAGAAACAUUGAAUCUACCAGAUACUCAGAAGGAAGCUCCAAGAAUAACUUACGUGAGUAUCUGGAGCUGGAAGCGGCAAAGGAUUUCAUUGACCGGUUAAUAAAAGGGCGUGGCAGAAGGGAGUUUCCAGAAGAGAGUAAAGAAAACCCAAACAAAGUGAUUCCUAAUGAAUUGGACAGAAGACACGCGGAUGGAACCUUCUCCAGUGAGCUUAUCACUGUACUGGACGCCAUGGCUACCAAGGACUUUAUCAACUGGGCUCUCAACGCCUCAGCAGUCCAGUCAAGAAGACAUGCGGAUGGAAGCUUCUCCAGUGAGCUUAGCACUGUACUGGACACCAUGGCUGCCAAGGACUUUGUCAACUGGAUUCUCAACUCCGAAACCGUCCACUCAAGAAGACAUGCGGAUGGAACCUUCUCCGGUGAGAUUAGCACUGUACUGGACACCAUGGCUGCCAAGGACUUUGUCAACAGGAUUCUCAACUCCAAAACAGUCCAGUCAAGGGACUCUGUAAUGGAAUUCUUCAGAGAGUUCGAAUAAAAGAUGGAUCUGAUUUCAGUUUAGCAUUUUGUGUUGUAACAUUGGCCAUGCAUUGAUAAAAUAUUUACAGCUAUGUGUUUUGCAAGUAACACAGAAUGUUAUAUGAAGCCAUAAUGCUUUGCGUGCAAAAGAAUUGACUUAAUGUGUAAUGUGUUCUGAAGUAGGAACUUAAGUAAAUAAAUGUUAUUCAAAGGAUGCUUUAAAGGAUAGCAUUAGAAUUUUAAGCGUCACCUCAGCAAUUCUGUAUCGUACAAUGGACCUAACUACCUGUUCAGAUCUAUUUUGGAAAAUUAUUUUUCUAACAAAUAAUUUGUAUAUAUUUGAACAAAUAAUUGUAAUCAAUAUCUAUUUAAAUCUUUUAGUUUAAUUUAAAAGAUUUGUUUAAACAAAAAGUCUAAUAUCCCAGUUUGAAAUAAAGUAUGUUUUAAGCAGAUAACUAAUGCAAACCUCUAAGGCAUAAAUGGUAAGCAUGAAUAAACCUUUUCAUGGCAC